CUAACGUUUCAACGUGGUUACGAAAGUGGGCAACUCUGCCGAUGAUCCUUGCAAACUCGAUUAGCCCGCGAGAGCGGCUGAACGCAAACCCAUAAACAUGCGUUGCAUUUAUCACGCGUCUUCCGUAUGAUUGUUGCGUCGUUUUGAUGUUGGCGCCGCUGCUACGCCGCUGUUCAUAUCGUUUUUGUAUUCACGCCGUACGUUGCAGUACCUUCGUCAUCCGUGUGCGUUUAGACGAUCGUACCGACUACAGCGAUCACUAACUUUGCCUGCCAGCUCACCCAGAUUCGUGAAAGCAAAGAAACCGAGCCUGCGACUUUUGUGACAUGACUUUCGUGUUCCUACUUUCGUUACGUCGUCGAUGAUGUUGUUCAGGUGUUUACUUUGCGGGCACAAACGAGAAAGUGGUGUCGCCACUCUACAGCUUCCAGCUGUGAUCGCACUGCUAGUGCUAUGGGCUCACACUUCGUCGUGCGAGCCGACUGGCUUCCGUGAAAAGGUGACCGGCGCCGUUGGCGCCGGUAAUUACAGCUACUACACCCUUUCGAAGCCUGGUGCUGUCACCAUAUUGGUUCACCCACUGGCCGGAGAUCCCGACCUGUACGUGGCCGAGCGGAAUGCACAGCCAACCUUUGACCUGGACAGUCAUUGCGCGCAGUCGACAACAUGCGGCCGCGAGCGCGUAGACCUGCCGCGGAGCUUCGGACGGCCAGUGGGCAUCGGCAUCUACGGCCAUCCGUCGCACGAGCUCAGCCUGUACGAACUCGAAGUUCGCGUGGACGAUUCAACGGAGAAUCUGCUGUUCCACGACUACGGCUAUGCCGCGUCGCAACAACCCGGCAGUCGUGAACAGGACCGCCCCGCAGUGCCCGAGGAUGAUGUCGCCGACGACAUGGGUCCGUCGGAGGAGAUAUCUCUCUUGUGGACUUUCCUGCUUGGUGUGCUGAAGUUGCUUCUAGAAAUUCUGCAGGGCUGAAGGCUUUCAUCGGCCGCCUUGUUACCAUAUCACUUUUGCUACGCGCACAUAGGGAAAUGCAACUUUGUGCUUGAAAUUUCACGUCUUGGUUUUCACUACAGAAAUUACUACUGUCGCUUUGACCAGUUCUUAAAGACAAGCAAGUUCAUUAGCGCCAAUAUUCGAACGCCCACAUGGUUCUCUGUUUUAAAAAAAUUGAAGCAUGGAUUCUGUGAGUAAAGUUAAACAAUAAUGUUUAACGUGGAGGUACAGGUCUUUUUGUCUAAACGACUACAGUAGAAGGUCUGCCAGUUUCAGUAAGUGCCAUUUCAGUCUAGCAUGUAAUCGAAAGCUGGUUAGUGUUGCCACAAAUGUUGCUUGUAUCAAAUACACUCUGCCAAAGUAUUCAUAGCUUCAUCUGUGCCAUUCGCUUGACUUUAAAAUUUUCUUGUUGCUUGGUUUGCUGGUUAUAUUGGUCUGUCCCAUAAUUAUUUUAGUGCCUUUUCAUCAUGACUGGGCUACCGAUACUGUUACUUCAUGUAUCUUAUUACACACUGUAGAAGAGAAGGGAGUCAGCUGCAUUGGUUUCGUUCAGCUUUUAGAUGAUGUGUUAAAAAGUUUUUAAAAAGGAAGUGAUAAGUUGGCUGCAUCUAGGUGUGACUCUCAAAAUGUACUAUUCUUUUAUGGAAACAAGAUCUUGUUUGACAGAACUGUAAAUCAUGGCGGGCCUCACCUAAGCAGGAAAGUGAAGCCGCGUGCGUGUGGCGCCUGCUUCGUCAUGCGAAUGUGUCGCAGAAUAAUUGGAUGCUUCCUCUCUAUGUAUUGUGCCAAGCAUCUAGAUAUUACGCCAUAUCUGCAUCAACAGUCUGCGUACCUCAUCAGUCUAGAGUCAAUGGCCAGUCGUAGCUUUGUGUUCCAAGUUUGGAUGUAAAACAUGACACGACACAGGUAGACAAAUAUUUCGACGCAGUGUGUGAAUGUAGUCGUUGAUACUCCAUUUGACACUGUUUGACUAAUUAAUGAGGUCUGUAACACUGCUCAAUUAGCAUACUGCAGAACCGUUAAGUGGACACAGUCUUUCAGUAUACAACUCAAGUCCAGCUUUGCUCAGCAGACUUUGUAGAUCAGCAGCCUAGGAGCUUAAUUUGAUCACAUGCUCAGUGGUUUGGCCAUCAGCUUUGGGCCAAACACACCGAAUGUUCACCAGGACCUGUUGAAACCCUGUUGGCUAAGAAAGGGCCGAAUAUUUGCUGAGAGCCGUGUUUAUAGUACUACUGGCUUCAUCUAUGGUUGUCAUGAAGGAGAGGUUGUGAGUUGCCUAAGGAGGUCGUCAUGGAGAUUUCUCUAGCAUUUUUACAAAGCAGUUCAUCACUGGGACCACAGUGUAGCUGAUAGGCACCACACAGGAUGGUGAUACCACUAUGACGUGUUUGUAUGCGCUAUGCCUCAUGGAAGUCCAUUGCCUGUAGUAGCUCUGCUGUAUUAGUGUUUGCAUAAGGACUUGUCGCAUUUGUUUAACCAAAAAUGCUUGACAUUCUUGAGUCAGACUUUGUGCUUUUGCAUGAAAGUUCUGUGUUGAGUUUUUUUCUUCCCACACUGUCCGCUUUUUUGUUGGAAUCCACAUCACCCUGUCAUACGGGUUUUCUUUUGUACAGUUGUGACUAAAUAAAAUGAAGCAAGAAGCAGAA